AAUUAUUACACAACACAAGAGAGCUUGGAUGCACAGCUAGUUAAUUGCACAGUAAAUCGCACACGAGGUAUGUAGCAGCUUCACAAUCAAAUUUGCAAGACGUCUAUAAAGCGAUGACAAGAACCAUACAGCUCUUGGUCUGGUUGUGGGUGGUGGUGUGUGCUGCAGUCGGUCAAAGAACACAGACUCUCACUCUCAUCUCGUCCAACUCAACCCCUCAAGUGCUCAGUGCUGUGCAGUUAGCAGUGGAGCACAUUAACACAAACCCUCACCUCAACUUCACUCUGCAUCUCAUCUCAAGACAUGCACCGUGUGACCACCGAAGUGCCCAGCGAGUCUUCUAUCAGACGUUGCUCGCUCGUGAUAAUCAGUUGGCAGUCAUAGGGGCUGGCUGUUCGGAGGCCUCUACUGGAGUAGCAGAGAUUGCCCGCUAUUACAACAUUCCCAUGCUGUCGUACUCAUCCACGAGCGAGGAGCUGAGUCUUCGUAGUGACUUCCCCACUUUCUUCCGUACAGUGCCCUCGGACAACAGCCUGACAGCUGGCAUUGCCGGCUUCAUCGCCACCUACCCAGAGUGGACCAGGGUCAUCAUACUCACCCAGGACACAGAGCAGUACAAGCUGGAAAGCAUAAGACUCGUGGAUCGACUUGAGCUCAUGAAUGUAACCGCAAGGACUUCCUUGUUGCUUCCUCCACAGCUCAACCAGUCAGUAUCAGCAUCUCCAUUUCCUGCUGAUAAUCGUAUAUUUGUACUUAACAUGGAACCAGCCGAAGCUGUCAAUGUGGUCUGUCAGGCUAUUCAAAGAGGAUUGGAGCUCUUUGACUAUGUGUGGAUCUUGCCGGGCUGGUACACUGAGGAGUGGUGGAUAGAUACCGACAAAGUGCAAUGCAACGCCACCUCUCUGGCCCGUUUCCUCACCGGACAGGGAGCCAUCUCUGUGGGCUAUUACCCACUCUGUGUGGGAGACACCCCGGCUGAUGUCACAGGAAUUACUGCGAGCAACCUGACCACAUCCCUCCAAUCCUCCGCUCCCUAUGCCUACGAUGCUGUCUUGGCCCUAGCGUUGGCUCUCAACCAAACACUAGAGGGUCUGAACCAGACACUAGAGAGUCUCAACCAAACACAGGGGGAGACCGGAGACACUCAGCAGCUGAGACAGAGAGUCAUCCACACCCUUGAUCAGAUGAGCAGUUUCCAAGGUGUCUCGGGUCGUGUUGAUUUUAAGAAUGGUACUCGAGCGACGAGCAAUUUGUCUGUGCAUCAAUACCGAGAGAGCAAUGGCACCACACGUCUGGUUCCAGUGGGGACCCUCCACCUGUAUGGAGAGAACACAUCAGUCAGCUUCAUCACUGGUGAGAGCAGGACAGGGAUAUGGGCGGAGGGGGAAGCCCCUUCAGACGGCACACCCAUCACUAUGCACAACUUCCCCUAUCUUUGGAUCACCAUUUCCUCUUAUUUGUUUGCCUCUCUUGUCAUUCUCGGAGCCCUCUUUUCAAUGGUCUUCACUGUCAUCUUCAGGAAGAGAAAGUUGGUACGAUUGACUAGUCCUAACCUCAACCUGGUCAUUGCAUUUGGAGUGAUCCUGUUCAACUGUUCAGUUUUCUUCUUUGCCUACCCGUCUAUAUCUGACUCAGUGUUGGAGGUCUUCUGUGCUCUUCGAGUGUGGACAGUGUCUGUUGGAGUAUCACUGUGCUUUGGUACAGUCAAUGCUAAGAUGUGGAGAAUCUACUCCAUCUUCCACAACCCAAACCCUGCCAAGAGGAAAAGGCCACUGAAAGAUUGGCACUUGCUCCUGAUUGUCCUUGUGUUUGUCCUAGUGGACGUGAUCAUCCUCACCCCCGUCAGUAUUCUGGAGUCAUCUCGUCUCGCCCCACGUAGAGUGCCAGAUGUGGAACAUCCACCAUCCGUCAAUGAGGAUGGGAUCACUGUCAACUACGAGGUGACUCUCUGUGAAUCUGACAGACGUGUGAUUUGGUUGGUACUCGUCUUCGGUUACAAGGCAAUUGUCCAGGCAAUCGGAUUAUUCCUUGCUCUUAGGAUUAGAAACAUCAAGAUAAAAGUAUUGAACGACUCUAAAGAGAUUGCUGCCACCCUCUACCUGAGCAGUGCUAUUCUUGCUGUGGUGGUCAUCGUCUCUGUUGCCCUGGACGACAGACUCAACUUGUACUCUGUUAUCUACGGCUAUGGCAUACCUCUCUCAACCAGUGUCGUCCUCAUCGUUGUAUUCUUCACAAAGAUGGUGCGACUGUACAAGGACCCGAGGGGUGAGCUCAUCUUCACCCAUCAUGCCCCUCCCACUGGUACGAUGGUAUCUCCCCCCACGAGUAAUCCUCCUUUCCCUAGCAAGAGCAUCGAUCACCCGACAGAGGACAAAGUUGAGUCACUGGAGAGGCAGGUCAGAGCACUGCAGAGCAACCUGGAAAUGUACCAAACAAAGAAUUGUACUGAUGAUGGCAAUGGCAAUGGCAAUGGCAAUGGCAAUGGCAAUGGCAACGGGACCCUGAAUGAGAUUACCACUACAGUCCUGGAUGACUCUACCAUUGACUCGGGCAAUGGCUCCACUGAUUGUGGUAAUGGCAACGGCAACGGGGCCCUGAAUGAGACCACUACUACAGUCCUGGAUGACUCUACCAUUGACUCGGGCAAUGGCUCCACUGAUUGUGGUAAUGGUUUCGAGCUGAAACCACUGGGAAAUGAAACAGUUAUACAAAACAAUCAAAGCAUUUAAUAACAUUCACUUUUUUCUGUUGGUGUUGUUGUAUCCACAA